AUGCGAGAGAAAGGCCACCAGGUAGAGAGGAUGGGUCAGACAUAUCGAGAUGCAGAUCAGGUCAUUAUCUGGCUGGGUGAAGGUGACGCAUACCCCAGAACUCGAGCGCUUUUCAUGCAAGAUGGAAAGAACCGGUGGCCAUUGACACUACCCGAGGUCGAUCUUGGUGAACUUGUCUCAAUUCCCUGGUUUUCUCGGGUCUGGGCAGUCCAGGAAUACGUGCUUCCGCAAAAAGUUCUCUUCCAGCUGGGCUCGUUGCCAAAAUCAGCGCAGCACGUCGAGACGGUAAUCACACGGCACGGGGCUUACCUCGACGGCGAGAAGGCAUUAUACGAUCAAUGGAGGUCCAUAUGCCUGCUCUUCGAGUAUCGAAAGCUUGUGCAAAAGCGCAAGACGAACAAAGCUGAUCCGCGCCUUACCUUGGUCCGAACAUUCCUGGAUCUUACUCGCCAACGACUUUGUAGGGACAGUCGAGACCGUAUUUACAGUAUACUUGGCAUGUUUGACGAUAUCGGCAUUGUUCCCAAUUACAGCCUACCGCCACAGCAAGUCUACAGAGAUUUCGUAUCAAAGCAUCUGGAAGCUGGAGACUUUGCAAUUCUUCACGAAUGCUGCAUCGGCGUUGCCAAUGCAGACGAACAGUCUUACGUGCCUUUCUUCGGCCAAUCACAGUCACGGACCAAGUACAUACCAUUUGUAGACCCGUUGGGUGCUACAUACAGCGCUGGGCUGCAUCAUCCAUCAUCAGUCACCGUCGAGGACGGCGCGUCAAUUUCAAUUCGGGGGUUCUCCAUCGAUACCGUACAACGAAAGCUCGACUUUGCAGAAGACUUCCAGAUUAGGCUAGACUCUAUGGGCCUGGUAGUCCCUGAUCUUAGUGAGACUGCUCAGGUACCACUCCACGGAACUUGGGGUGCUAUCUACCAGACCACAAUGGGCCACCUCAUCAACGAUUCCAUCGAAAGAGCAAUAUGGCGCAAGGACUACGAGGAGGAUCGUCUUGCACCACAUUUUGCAAAGGCUCCAUAUUCACAUAACAGCCUGUUCGAGAUUCUGAUCCGCGCGAUCAGGACGGACUUGGAUGCGGACUACGACUUUGUCUCCGUGAGAGGUCAGAUCAGGACAGACGCGCAUCUACAUCGCUCACGCCGCCAAAUCCUGGCCGAGCGGAGUCUCUUCUGGACGGAGCAAGGAUACAUUGGGCUGGGUUCGCGUUACUUACAGCCCGGCGAUAUGAUCGCGAUAUUCGAUGGGGAUACGACGCCUUUCCUCUUGCGACAGAUAAAUCCUGCUGGCGACAUUGGCCACGUGUACAAGAUUCUCACGUUGUUCACCCGCUUUGCGCUGGUUAAUGUCUUGAUGCUAAUCCCAGAACGGCCUACUGGUGAUGUUGUGGCGCCGGAACAUCUCUACAUACCUUCUUCAAACGUAGCCUGCGUUGAAACGGGGCAAUGUGACAUUAAGAUUGUGUUCGAUGACGCUCUGACCGCUGACGGAAAGCUCACUGCACGAGGUGUUCACUUCACAGAACUAGAUGAAGAACAUCAUAUCACUGCGACAGAGAUCAUCCUCUACGCCGGCGUGUUUGAGUCACCUGCGCUUUUGGAACGAUCGGGCAUAGGGUCCAGCAAGGUCCUUGCAGCAGCGGAUGUACCAGUUCUGUACGAGCUUUCUGGAGUCGGCAAGAACUCGCAAGACCACCUCAACUGCGGCUUGCCUAUUGAGACUAAGGAUAAAAUUUCCACUCGAGACGAAGCCACGCGAAACCCAGAAGAACCGAAGGCCGCCUUGGCAGAUCAAACAUCUGGUAGAAGAGAGAGCGACCCGAGCCGACGCACACAGUACUCGCUCAUUCAAAAAGUAAUCAAAGGUCCUGAUGAAGCAAUCGCCACCGCUUUCAUGCUCCACUCACAGCACCAUCGGGACGACGACUUCUUUCCCGAAGGCACACCGUCUUACGAAGAUGGCAACUUCGUCACCGUAGUCGCCAUGCCGGUCCAUCCUUUCUCGCGUAGGGGUUCUCACAUAACCUUCAGCCCCUCGCGACCACCAGAGAUCAAGUUCAAUUACCUCUCUCAUCCGAUUGACACAUAG